AAUCUUUCACACAUACGAAGUUUGACAGUUUGUACAUAAUCAGUUAUACGGUACGUGUAACCUAUCAAGAAAUGAAAUGUUAUCUAAGCUAUUAGCGGAAUAAAUUUCAGGAGACAUGUCUUUAUUUCCAGCUUAUUCAAGUGAAUCGAAUAAACCUUCGAUAUCUAAUGAAUCGAAGAAUUUUACAAAAGAAAAUGAGACAACUAGUUGGUUAUACAAUUCCAGUUACUUAGAACAAAUUUCACCUAACAAUCUUGUCAACUUUUCUUCUGAAUCUUCGGAUGAAGCUACAAAUGAAACUUCUUAUUUACAUAAACAAGAAACUAUACAUACUACUGCUUUAAAGAAUCAGAAGCCUAUAUGUGGAGAAAGAAGAACAUCUAAACAUAUAAAGAAAAAGAAAAGGGAUAAAAAAAAAUAUGCAUAUGGGGAACGUGAAUAUGAGAAAGAUGUAGAAAAUGUGUAUUUUGAAGAUAAGUACAGAGACAAGGGAAAUAAUAAUAUAAAUACACUUUACUCUAGUAUCAAACCGUAUUAUGACAUUAAAAUAAAUUCCCUUGGUUUUCUUCCUUAUAAAAAAUCAAAAAAAGAUAGUUAUGAAAGAUAUUAUGUAAAAAACAUUGAUUAUAUAGAAAAAAAUAAAAAGAAAGAUACUAUUAUCAGAAAAGAAUCUAUUACUAAUUCAUCAAAAGAAGAGCAAUCUAUUCCUUCAUGGCACAUUAAAUUAGAAGAAUUGCAGAAAGCUAAAACUAAAGAAUAUAAUGAAAAAUUGACAAAUGAUCCAAAUGAUAUUCAAUUAUGGAUUGAAUAUAUAGAAUUUCAGGAUACAUUAGGAUAUUUUCAACAAUAUCAAGCUGCAAAGGAUGUUCAUAGAGUAACAACAUUAAAAAAAUUAUCUAUAGUUGAAAAAGCUUUGGAAAAAAACAUAGAAUGUACAAAUUUAUUAAAAUUAAAAUUAUCUUUCAUGGGAGAAAUUCUGCCUGCUGAUGAAUUUUCAAAGCAACUUGAAGUCCUAGUUAACAAAGAUACAGGAAAUAUUGUUUUAUGGCAAGAAUUUAUUAUGACUACACAAGCUUCAGUAGCAAUGUGUACAGUACCAAAAGUUUUAGAUUUAUAUUCAAAAUGUUUUUGUAUUUUAAAGCAAAAAGCUAGAACAAAUCCUCGAAUAUAUGACGAACGAUUAUUACAAAUAUUGUACUGGUGUCUAACGUUUCUACGACAUACUGGACUUUGGGAACAAAUGUGGGAAACAAUACGUUUGAAUCUUAUUCUGAAUCUUAGCUUAGAUAAAGAUAGUCUAUCCUUUAAAAAAACAAUAGAUGAGAAGAAAUUAAUUGGAAUGGAGGAAGUAAUAUUGAUGUCAAGAUUACCACUCAAUCAAUUAUGGCAAAGAACAGAAUCAUUAAGAGAGAAUUGCCAUUGGAUUAGCGUCAGUAGAAGUGAAUUAGACUUAGUUGGCGAUUCUCGAAGAUUUGUUUUACCCGACGAUGUCGCAGAUUUUGUUCAUCCAAUACUUUCAAGAAAUUUGAGUUUUCGAAUGGCGAUUCAUACAUUACUUUUACUUAAAGUACCACUAUUACCUACUCGCAAUUAUAUGUUAAAAGUAUGUCUGUAUAUAUACAACGCGGACCAAUUAAUGUUAACAUUAGAAGAACUUGAUUGGGGUGUAGAAACCUUAGAAAUGUUGCUUCCAUUUUUUUAUCCUAUGGUAGGUGAAAUGACUGGUUGUAAUGAAAGAAGGGAACUAUUAAAGGGCAUACUUGAAGGACGUUUAACGUCAGGUCCUCAGUACCUUACAUUUCAUCCUGCACAAGAAUCAUAUUUGGAUUUUAUACGCGAUAUAUUUUUUACAAUCGCUGAAAAUUUACCUCCUCUGCAACGUACAAGUAUAUAUGUUUGGUGGUUAAGAUUUGAAAGAUUGCUCAUUUUUCUUCAAAAAGAUGAUCUAUUAAAACAUGAUAACAAACGAAAAAAAUUAAAAACAAUAUUAAAGGAAUUCUUAAAAAAGGACGAAAAUAGGAAUAAUUUACAUUUUUAUAGGGAAUAUGCAUUGAUAGAAAAAGAAAUAGGAAAAUUUGAUAAUUGCGUAAAUGUUUUACAGACAGCCAUUCAAUCUCAAAGUGCAUGUCCUUCUGAAAUUCAUAAUCCUGAAGAAAAAUCAGCACUUCUAAGUUUGUAUCGGACAUUUAUUGAAACUUUACUUAAUUCAGAAACAUAUAAGGAAACACAUAAAACACAGAUAUUAAAUAUUAUGAGACAAAUAAUACCCGAAACAAAUGGAAACCAGUUGCUACAAGUGGAACAAUAUUUAGAAAAUUGCAUACAAAAUUUUUUACAAGAAGUUCCUUCAGAAAAUGAAGAAAAUAUAUAUUUUUUACCAAACAUCAAAUGUGAUACAAUUGUUUGCUAUGCGUAUUUGCUAUAUGUACGAGAUUCCGAUAUUAAUAGAAUAACUAGCAUGUUUAGAAGCUGUAUAAAUCAUUACAAAGACAGCCAUUCUUUACAGGAAAUAUUACGGGAAAGUCAAAUAGCGCUUUUGCAGUUACAUUAUAAACGGAUCCAACAUAAAAAUCUCCUAAAGUCAGAAGUAGAUGAUAUGAUAAAAUUAUAUCCAAAUAACUUUUUUGCCCUUUCAGUAUUUGCAUGUAUUGAGAGUGAAUUGCCUCUUUGGAAAAGCAACAGUCGCGUGACAAAGCUCCAAUUAUGGAAAGCAUUUGCUAUGUGUUUAGCAAGUCGAAAACGUAUUCAUUCUUUACAAGAGCUUAAAGAUUAUGUUAGUAUGAACGCAGCAAUUAAUAAAUUACUAUAUUUUCAUCAAACACUUGCAAGGAUACCAACAAUUAAAAAUUGCCCCCUGUUAUGGAGAUUAUAUAUGCUUCUUCUUAGGGAAUAUAAUCUGUGUGAAAAAAAAGGAGAAGAAGUAUACCAUGAAAGUGUUGCAUUAUGUCCUUGGGCUAGAAGCAUUUACAUUGAUGCAGCCGAGGUUGCACCUCAAAUUCUUACGCAAGUUCAAGACGUAAUACGAGAAAAAGAAUUAAGAAUGCAUGUUACCCCAGAAGAAUUGGACGUCUUACGCGGUUAAUGUUAAUGGUAUGGGAUUUCCUUUUAUAAGAGCUCCUAAUUAUUGUGGUACGAUUAUUUCUGGCGAAGCUCCAGAAUCUGAUGAUG